AUCCAACAAGCUUUUGCUGCACUGGUUUACAGCAGGCAGCAGCAGCGGCCAAUCAUUGUUCUAAGUUUUCUUUGGAGUUUUCUUUUUACUUGUGACAGCUGCAUCUGGCUCAUUUUUUGUUCGACUUUUUGGCUUGGGCGGCUCAUGACGUCGCGAUCACUGAGCUUACUUGGCAUCUGAUAGAAGGCUCCAAAACACCAACACCACGCACUGAGCUCCUGUGAUCAACCCUUUGCAGACAUCAUGAAGACUUUUACAAAAUUGGUUAUUUUUGUGCUGGCGCUCUCUUUUAUGGUAUUUGUGACAUUUUUUGGGCGGAUUCCAGCGCUACGCAAUACACCCAUCGGUGCUCUUCACAAGACACUAUGGGUUCAUAUUCCCAACGCUCUGUCUAGGCUUGAUGAGCGGUAUACAGGUGGCUAUGUGUUCCGUGGCUCCUCGCGAUUCUUUAACAUUCUUAUGCACGAACGACAUCCUACUGUUGUGAUCUUUUUCGCUGCUAUCAUGAUAGGUGGAGAAUACAUGUUCCUACCUGCGGCGUGGCCUCGCCUAUCGUCGUAUUUCGUCAAAUUAACUGUCAUAGUGACAGUUGCUUUGCCGUACAUAUUUCUCUACCUGGCUUGCGUCAGUGAUCCGGGGUUCGUCACAAACGAAACACACUCCUAUCAUAUGUCGCUAUAUCCUUACGACUAUGCCAUCUUUCACCCAGGCAACGUCUGUCGCACUUGCAACAUUUUAAAACCGGCGCGUUCAAAGCAUUGCAGCCUCUGCAAACGAUGUGUCGCAAAAGCAGACCAUCAUUGUGUUUUUAUCAACUCAUGCGUUGGAUACGGCAACCAACAUUGGUUCAUACUUCUCUUGGCAUCAACAGCCUUACUAACUACAUAUGGCGGCCUCCUUGGGGUUUCACUUUUAUCGGCAGCUAUGCGCGAGAGAUACCCACUGCUCCAUUUGUGGCCGUCAUGGAAAGAAGGAGCCUUCCAAUUCUUUGGUUCGUGGGCUUUGGCAAUGGAGCGUGAAGUUAACCUUGGCGCAACGACUCUUCUUUCACUGCUCACCUCUCCAAUGGUUUGGGGCUUGCUCGCGUACACGUUAUAUCACGUAUAUCGAGGCUUUACUACAAACGAAUCACUAAAAUGGUCUGAUUGGCAGGAAGACAUCGGCGACGGGUAUGCUUUUACUCGCCCGCUUCCGGGAAGUAGAGUGAAAAAUAGACAGAUAGAGCCUCUUUGCCCGCGAUGGCCAGUUGAACCACAGAUGGUUUUGAUGGCCACUACGGAUGGGCAGCCUCCAACUUCUAGUGGACGGUCGUUGCCAGGCGCUGGUGACUGGAAGCGUAUACAAAGCAUACAGGAAGUGGAAAAUAUGUAUGACUUGGGCUUCUGGGACAACUUGGCUGAUGUCUUCGUGGAGAGCUAUGGAUUUGGCGUGACCAAAGAUGACUUACCGGUGGAUAGAUUGCGUCGCACAAGAAGAUAGGGAUAGGUUAACCUUUAUGUAUAGUACCUUUUGGAUAUAUAUAAAAGAAGAUUUAUUCAUCAACGUCGCUCAUGCCCAUCAUAAACACGCAUCUAGGUCCUAUGUAGAAGUCCGCUAGACCUACUAAAUGACUUUUCAGCCUCCGCCGCCUGUGAUAGAAGAACACCCUCAACUCCCAUCCUCAUCUAGACCGUAGUUUUUAUAUCCCAUGAAUGCUAUUUCGUUUGUUCAUUUUUCAAAAUCAAAUGUUUUACAAGAUGGAGCCGAAUCUGCAUCAUAUAAUGUUAGUCGUCGAUAUACUGCUAUACAUGGUGGUUGUUCACAUACCCAAAAGUAGCCUUGAUGCUCUUCACAUAGUAUUCGGACCAGUUUCUCUUCGUAACUUCUUCUUGUCCGAUCGGAACGCCAGUCCAAAUUACACGCAUGACCGUCACGUGGUCAACAUCAUUCUGGUCAAACUCAAUUUGGAGCUUAGAGUGGUGACCAGCGGGCCACUGACUCAAACGCCAGCUCUGGACAAUCUUCUUGGGCUCAUCAAGUUCGAGGUACUCGCCGGACACGUUGCCGCCAAAGAGCUCGAACUUGCCUCCCGUUUUGGCACCAUCAAAAAGCUUGGGGGGAGACCGUGUAAAGGCAGCAAUACGAGAAGGGUCCACAAACGUCUGAUACAUCUCGGCAGCCGUGGUUCGGAAUUCCUCGUUAUCAGUGACGGUGGUGGUGUUGACUAUGCCACCAGCGCUCGUACUGGAGCUAGCAGCUUUGUCGUUGCUGGUUGGUGUAGAGGCCUGUGGGUAUGUCUUUGGGGUGGAAAAGCCGCUCGAUGGGUUAGCAUCGGCUGCAUGCUGGAUAUCUUUGCCAUGCUCAGCAAUCAGGGCCGGGGCAACCUGUUGAAAUGCUUUGCGCAGAAGGGGAACUAGGUCGGAUCGGACCAAAUCUUUUACAGGCUGCUUUGCUUUCGAGUCGGAGUGGAUAUCAAUGUCAAACUAUGACAGUGUAAGUCAUGCGCGACUGAAUACUGGGGUAUUGCAAGCAAAUUUAGAACUUACGACAUAUUCGUCCUCUUCGGUAUCAUGGGCAACCUCAGGGACUGUGAUAGUGCCCGAUACAUCCUUCUCGUCGGCAGUCGAGCCUAGGAUAACGGAUAAGUCAGACGCUUACGGCAAUUACAGGAACUGUUACAUGACCUACCGGAAUAUUCGAGGACCAGCUUAACAUCGAAGAUGGUAAUGACCUUGCCCUUGCGCUGGCUGACGUCUACAUCACCGUCCAUGGACUGGACCUUGCUAAUCUUGGCGGACACGUCGCCCUUCGUUACUUCGAGCUUUAACAAGUUGUCCUCGAACCAUUGCUUUGCCCAGGGAGAUACAUCCUUGUUCACCCAGUGCCAGUUAUUGGGGUUAUGGAGAACCAUGGUGUCGAUAUGAUGGUAAUGUUGGUCUUGUCAAGCCUGCCAGCAAUCAUGUGUUAGCACAACGCAACUUUGAAGAUGAAAAACAUGAUUGGUAGAAGAAAUUGAGGUAUUUCAAGUCAGAAAUGGUCUUGGACCACAGCAAAAUAUGUCAUCAAUGAAGGGAGUACAAGUCACUCUAUGACUGGUGCCAGCUGGUGUAUCAUCAUGAAAUAGGAAGAGAAAGAAAAAGAAGAGGAAUAUUAUCCAAAUCACUUACCAAUUAAAUACUCUAUGCAGUAAUGAUAGUCAAUGAUCCCGUUCCUGCUGCCACAGAGUGAUCAAAUGCUUUGGAGCUUGAAGAAGAGAAAAGGAGCUGGGGAGAAAGAAGUUCAGAAGGCUCUAGAAAUUCUCGUAGGCAGUGCCCCCACCAGAGGUUGAUGUGGGGCUGACAGUAAACUCGUUGGCUGGGAUAGAAGGGAUUAAAAUUAUUUUGUUUUUAUUUAGAAAAGAAAUUUCAGUAAAAGAAAUGGCGAAAUGAAAACACAGACACAUAAUAUCACUAGCAAAAGAGCGAACAAUCCUAAAUGCUGAAUUCUUGCUACAACCCACGUGUUUGGCACAUGCAGCAAGCACUCAGCCGUUCAAAAAGAAGGAUCCCACAUGAUUUUCUUUAUUAGCUGCAUUUCAAGCCUAGUAACGCAUAGGAAAUUGGCAAAAUUGGCAAAAAGAAAGGGUCUGGCCGGGGAUUGAACCCGGG